GGAGCCGCCUGGGCCUCAGCUGAUGAAACCAGACUGGUAAAGACCCUUUUCACUGGCUACAACAAGGUUGUCCGACCUGUCACUCAUUUCAAGGAUCCAGUGGUUGUAACGGUGGGGCUUCAGCUCAUCCAGCUCAUCAGUGUGGAUGAGGUCAACCAGAUCGUCAGCAGCAAUGUGCGACUGAAGCAGCAAUGGAAAGACGUGAACUUACAGUGGAACCCAGAGGAUUAUGGUGGCAUCAAAAAGAUCAGAAUCCCUUCCACAGACAUUUGGCGUCCAGAUCUUGUUCUCUACAACAAUGCUGACGGUGACUUUGCCAUCGUUCAUGAGACCAAAGUGCUGCUGGAACACACUGGGAUGAUCACAUGGAACCCACCGGCCAUCUUCAAGAGCUACUGUGAAAUCAUCGUGUUGCAUUUCCCCUUUGACCUCCAGAACUGCAGUAUGAAGCUGGGUACCUGGACCUACGAUGGGAACUUGGUUGUUGUCAAUCCCGAUAGUGACCGCCCUGAUAUGAGUAACUUUAUGGAAAGUGGAGAAUGGGUGAUGAAGGACUUCCGUGGCUGGAAGCACUGGGUCUACUACGCCUGCUGUCCGGAGACUCCCUACCUGGACAUCACAUAUCACUUCCUCAUGCUGCGGCUUCCUCUUUACUUCAUUGUCAACGUCAUCAUCCCAUGCAUGCUCUUCUCCUUCCUGACUGGUCUUGUCUUUUACCUUCCCACAGACUCUGGUGAGAAGAUGACUCUCAGCAUCUCGGUCUUGCUGUCUCUCACUGUGUUCCUGCUGGUCAUUGUCGAGCUGAUUCCCUCCACCUCCAGUGCUGUCCCACUCAUUGGGAAGUAUAUGCUCUUCACCAUGGUGUUUGUCAUUGCUUCUAUCAUCAUCACCGUCAUCGUCAUCAACACCCAUCACCGCUCGCCGAGCACUCACACGAUGCCGGACUGGGUCCGCAAGGUUUUUAUUCAAACAAUUCCCAAUAUCAUGUUCUUCUCAACAAUGAAACGCCCGGGAAAAGAAAAAGAAACCAAACCCAUCUAUGGCGCAGAUUUCGACAUCUCGGACAUCUCUGGCAACCAGGUUUCCUCUGUGCCCUACCAGUCACCCAUCACUAAGAAUCCUGAUGUCCGCAGUGCCAUUGAGGGAAUCAAAUAUAUUGCAGAAACAAUGAAAUCAGAUGAGGAAUCAAACAAUGCAGCUGAAGAGUGGAAGUUUGUGGCAAUGGUGCUGGAUCACAUUCUCCUGUGUGUCUUCAUGGCCGUGUGUCUCAUUGGCACUUUAGGUGUCUUUUCAGGUCGCCUCAUUGAGCUGAGCACACUUUGAAGGUUUUUGUUUAGAGUACCAAAAGUCUUUACUGAUAUUUGUCGACAAAUACAAAGCACGUUCAGUAAGUUUGCUUUUGAAUGCACUGUACAGGCUCUGCAUAUUUACACAGUUUGCCUGUGAAUUGAUAUGUGUGCCUGCUUUUACUUUCAUUUGUUGUUUUGUGAGUUUUGUCAUAAUUUAUAAAUGCAUGAGAGCAUGUUGUAUAUACAGUAGUAACCUGUCUGUGGUGUGUUUUGACUAAGUUAUAUCCUAGUUGGGCUAUAAGUAUUGAUGCUUUACUCAUUAAAAACUAGUAUAACACAUGAGCAUGUUAUUCUGUGUUGCCUGACAUGUCAUCCUCAACAAUGUGGACCAUUUUUGUCACUUUACACAGUGACUUGCUGUAGUUGUAUUUUUAUGCUUUGCUCAACAAUAAAAUAGACAUGUUUUUUUUUCUCACAAUCAGUUGUAAUGCACAUUUGUCUGGCUAUUCCAUUCUGCUUGGUGGUAGGGUUUUUACUCUGUAAAAAAAGUUAACUCUGUAAAACCUAAUGUGACUUUAACACCUAUGUUCAGUUAAUCAUUUAAUCAAUUCUAAGUAUUUUUAGGAACACACCCAGUUAAUGUACAUGUGAUUUUUUUUAGAUUUCCAGUCUAAUUACAGUAACUGUAAAUAGUACACCUGAUGGUGGUUUUACAUUCAAUAUGAAAAUAAAAGUACCACAGUCCUUUUAAACCUCAUUUGUGGUGAUUUACUGUUAAAAAAAAAUAAACCAACUAAUUACAGAGAUUGGAUUUAUUCCCUGAUGUUAUUUACUGUUGCAGAAUAUAUGAAAUACAUACACAACACAGGUCCCAAUAACAUUUUCAGAGAUUGUCAAGCCUAUGCAUAUAUAGUGAUUAUAUUUUUCAAAGGAAAGCUCAAAUCUUAUUUCUAUUGUAUCCUACUUUUAUAGUUUACUUUUGUCUUUCAUGUAAUGUACACUUAAUCAUAUAAUGUAAUUGUCCUAAAAAAAGACCGACUUUCACUGUGUUGUGCUUACAAUUUGUGGUAAUACCGUGCAAAUAAAAACUGAACGCGGGUUGGUGGAUGGACGAACAUAAGUCCCGCCUACUCUCUUGUGAUUGGUGAGAACAUGUUGACAAAUCAGAGAUUAUGAAAAGCGGUGGGUGGGACGUUAAGAAAUGUGUGAGAUAACGCGACACGCUGGUGCGGUAAUGUGGCGUUUAAUAACUAUUGAAGAGCGAGGCGGAACGUUUGGCCGCGUGUGAACCUCUACCUGUUAUCCAUGCGUCGGCUUAGUUAGCCAAGUGACUCGUAACAACUCCUCCUGCGGGACUUUGUCCGACACAUGGGACCUCAACAGAGGACACAGCAACUGUCACCAAGUUUCAGGGUCGCAGUCCGGACGGGAGCUGGCAUUAGCAUGUCUUAAAAUCAGUCAUGACUGCGCACACCACAGCGAGGACCAGCAUGAUGGAGACACCCCGCGAAAUCCCCGGCUUCAACUCCUCAUUCAAGGAGGAGGAAAGCUCCGACCCGUCCGCUCUCUCCUCCACCAUGUCCAUAGACAGGCUGUUUCCGGCUCUGCUGGAGUGCUUUGGGAUUAUACUGUGCGGUUACAUCGCAGGCCGGACAAACAUCAUCACCCCGACCCAGGCCAAAGGAUUGGGGAAUUUUGUGUCCAAGUUUGCCCUCCCAGCACUGCUCUUUAAGAACAUGGUGCUCCUGGACUUUGCUGAUGUCAUCUGGCCAUUUCUUUGGAGCAUCCUCAUCGCCAAAGUGACUGUGUUUGGCAUUGUUUGCAUCCUAACUCUGAUAGUGGCCAGUCCUGACAGUCGCUACAGCAAGGCCGGGCUCUUCUCAAUAUUUGCCACCCAAAGCAACGACUUCGCUUUGGGUUAUCCAAUAGUUGAAGCACUCUACCAAAGCACACACCCAGAAUACCUUCAGUAUAUUUACCUGGUUGCACCGGUCUCCCUGAUGCUCCUAAAUCCCAUCGGAUUUGUGCUCUGUGAGAUCCAGAAGUGGAAGAAUGAAGGGAACCGCCAGCAGAAAAAACUACUUAUCGUGGGCCUCGUGGUUUUACAGGUCCUGAAGAACCCCAUUGUUUUCAUGGUUGUGAUUGGUAUCAUCGCCCACUUUGUCCUGCACCAGACAAUUCCAGCUUUCAUGGCUGAGUUUUUGGAUGGCUUGGCCAACUCUUUCGGGGGAGCAGCUCUGUUCUACUUGGGUCUGACUAUGGUGGGUCAGUUGAAGAAAUUAACCAGAUCUACAGUCGUGACACUGAUAUUACUCAUUACAGCAAAACUGCUACUAAUGCCCAUUAUUUGUAAGGGCACGGUGGAUAUGUUGGACAACACCAACACCAGCACUUUGAACCACUCCAGCCUCUCUGAUUACGCCUUUCUUUAUGGAGUGUUUCCCACAGCACCGAGUGUUGCCAUCUAUGCAGUUUAUUAUAACACACAACUUGAAGUUAUAACCGCUGGGAUGGUAAUCAGCACUUUCCUCUCAGCUCCGAUAAUGUAUGUUUCAGCUUGGUUACUCACAGUCCAAUGGAUGGAUCCUCAACUUCUGAAGAAUUCACUCCAGAUUGUCAGCUUUGACACAAGCAUAGUGAGCUUAGUUGCACUGGUGUGGACGAUUACUGUUAUGUUUUUGAGUAAGAAAUUCAAGAGGCUACCUCACAUGUUUACUGUCAACCUUUUCUUUGCACAGUUGCUAACAUGCAUUGGGAUGAUUCUGUGGAACUUUGCUGUAAAGGGAGACAACUUUAUCUGGCGGGUCCUGACCUUCACGUUACUGUGUAUUUCACUCUACAGUACUUACAUAUGGCCAGGAUUGAUGGCACUCUCAAUGGUGCUCAUGAAAAAGUAUGAGAAUCUGAAAGGUUCAUCUGGGAUGUUGGUCAUUGCCGGCUGGGGGAUUCCAUCUUUGUUUGUGGCUGUUCUGCUCAUGGCUGGCCGAGAAACCCCCGACACAAUUGAUUCCUAUUUCUUCUAUGGCAGACCACAGAUAAUCUGCACCACCAUUGUUAUCAGCCUCAGCAUAUUCCUGGGAGGAGGCUCUCUUGUAUGUCUCAGUAGAGGAAGCUGGGCUCAAAACCCAGGGGGCAGCUCUUCGUCUGACACAGCAGAAGAUCAUGUGACAGAAGCUGAACCAGGAAUCCAGACUGUAAUAGAGCCAAUCACCACAGCAGGAGAGAGGGAGUGCCUCAUAUGUGAGUGUGCUUCACCCAUGCCUGACAUGAUCGUUAGCACAAAUAUGAACGGCGCACCAGCCACACUUGCAGGUCAGUGUGAAAAUGGAUGUGAAUCAUCGGACUGCCUGCUGGCUGAAAUGGAGGAGCUCCAACUGGUUGAAGAUAGACAAGUGGUCCGUCAUGUGCUCAUGUGUCUGCUGCUGACUGUCAGCCUGAUCGCUAACUUAUGCAGCUGCUUAUGGUUGCUCUAUAACCACGUUCCUGGGAGACUCUACCUGGAGCUGCAGUUCUUCUGUGCUAUAGCCAACUACGGACAGGGACUGCUCUCCUUUGCUCUUUUUGGGCUGGACAAACACUUGAUCCUAUCGCCAUUUAAAUGGUUAUACAGGCUGUGGUCUGUAAAGAAGCGAGAAGAGCAUCCACGGCCUGGUUUACCCGAUGAGAUCAGGAUGACCUGUAACCAGUUCACCAAAUACCACAAACAGCAGUGUUUUCAGGACAUUGUUAAAAAGAGAAGGUGUGGGAAGGAGACUGUGGUGGACUGUUUUCUUGGCCUUGAGCUUGUGGAGUGGCUUCAGCAGGUGGGCUUGGCGCAGGACCGCGGUGACGCGCUACUGUACGGGACGCGGCUGCAGCAGGGCGGUGUGCUUCAGCACAUCAAGCAAGAAUACGGCUUUGAAGACAGUCAACUACAUUACUACUUUCUU